AUGAAAACCUCAAAGGCAUCCCAGCGCUACAGAAGCAUCCGGAGAAAUGCCAGCCAGUGCUAUCUCUACCAGGACUCCCUGCUGCUUGGUAACUCGGAUGACAGCUUUAAUGCUGAUGAAACAGGGGACAGCAGUGAUCCAGAACAAAUCUUCCAGAAUAUACAGUUUCAGAAAGACCUCAUGGCAAAUAUCCGCUGCAGACCCUGGACCAUGGGGCAGAAGCUUCGGGCACUGAGACGAGCAAAGGAGAUUGUGCUGAAGUUCGAAGGCAGGCUGACUAGAACUCGAGGCUAUCAAGCAGCAGGAGCAGAGCUCUGGCGGAAAUUUGCCCGUCUGGCCUGUAACUUUGUGGUCAUCUUCAUUCCCUGGGAAAUGAGGAUAAAGAAAAUUGAGAGUCACUUCGGAUCUGGUGUGGCCUCCUACUUCAUCUUCCUGAGGUGGUUAUUUGGAAUUAACAUAGUGCUCGCAGUGAUGACCGGUGCUUUUGUUGUCCUUCCAGAGCUAAUCGCAGGCCAGCCCUUUGGAAGUACAGCCAGCAAGACCAUCCCCCAGGAGCAGGUCAUGUCUGCACAGGACCUGGACACUGUCUGGUCCCUGGGGGGCUACCUUCAGUACUCCGUCCUAUUCUACGGAUACUACGGAAGAGAGAGGCGGAUCGGGAGAGCAGGCUACCGCCUGCCCUUGGCGUAUUUCCUGGUGGGGAUGGCAGUGUUUGCUUACAGCUUCAUCAUUCUCUUAAAAAAAAUGGCUAAGAACUCCCGAACCAGCUUGGCCAGUGCUUCCAAUGAAAACUACACCUUCUGCUGGAGGGUGUUUUGUGCUUGGGAUUACCUCAUUGGGAACCCAGAGGCUGCAGAAAGCAAAACAGCUGCCAUCCUGAACAGCAUUAGGGAGGCCAUACUGGAAGAGCAAGAAAAGAAAAAAAACAAAAAUAUGGCAGUGACUGUCUGCCUGAGAAUCAUUGCCAACAUCCUGGUGCUCCUCUCACUGGCUGGAAGCAUCUACCUCAUCUACUUUGUGGUGGACCGGUCCCAGAAGCUGGAGCAGUCGAAGAAGGAACUGACGCUUUGGGAAAAGAAUGAGGUAAGCGUGGUAGUCUCCCUUGUCACCAUGCUAGCACCGUCUGCCUUUGACCUCAUCGCUGCCUUGGAGAUGUACCAUCCACGGACGACACUGCGCUUCCAGUUAGCAAGGGUUCUGGUACUGUAUCUAGGAAAUCUCUACAGUUUGAUCAUUGCCCUUCUGGACAAAGUGAACAGCAUGAACAUUGAGGAAGCUGCUACUAAAAACUUCACAAGCCACUGGACAGAUGCUCCCACCUUCUAUGCCACCAGGACAGUGCUUGAAGAAGGGCAGUGGCCCACACCUGGAGUGGAGCUCAGGAGAAACACCAGCACCUGGGGCUUGGAAGAGACAAGUUUUCUGACUUCUAUUACACCACACACAAAGGCCAACAAGACAGUGCCCUACAUGCAGGGCCCACAGGGCCAGUGCUGGGAGACAUACGUUGGCCAGGAGAUGCUGAAGCUGUCUGUCAUCGACAUGCUCUUCACUGUCGCCAGCAUCCUCCUCAUAGACUUCUUCCGAGGACUUUUUGUUCGAUACCUAAGUGACUAUUGGUGUUGGGACCUUGAAAGCAAGUUUCCUGAAUAUGGAGAAUUCAAGAUUGCCGAGAAUGUACUACACCUUGUCUACAAUCAAGGCAUGAUUUGGAUGGGGGCCUUCUUCUCUCCGUGUCUGCCAGCAUUCAAUGUUCUCAAGCUCAUUGGGCUGAUGUACCUGAGGAGUUGGGCGGUGCUGACCUGCAAUGUACCCCACCAGCAAGUGUUUCGAGCUUCCAGAUCCAACAACUUCUACCUGGCAAUGCUCUUGUUCAUGUUGUUCCUCUGCAUGCUGCCGACCAUCUUUGCCAUUGUCCACUACAAGCCAUCUCUGAACUGUGGCCCCUUCAGCGGACAAGAGAAAAUUUAUGACAUCGUGUCAGAGACGAUAGAGAAUGACUUCCCCACGUGGUUUCACGCUGUGGUUGGACAUAUCAGCAGUCCCGUGGUGAUACUUCCAGCUGUGCUGCUUCUGUUCAUGCUCAUCUACUACCUUCAGAGUAUUGCGAGAUCACUGAAGCUCAGCAGCCAGCAACUCAGGAUGCAGAUCCAAAACGCGAGAUCUGAAGAUAAGAAAAAGGUUGCCCAAAUGGUAGAGGCCCUAGCCGUCCCUAGUGAUGCCAGGCAGGCAGGCUCAGCCACUGAAGCAGAUUUGAGUGAAAAUUCAAUGCCAAAGACUCUCCAAGCUCGAAUCCAGACUCAUGAAGAAAGCAGCAAGAGGCUUCUAAAGGACAGUGACCUUAUCAGCCAGCUGUCCUCAGCGUACAUGGCAACAUCCCAAAACAAUUGCAACAUGCUCAACUUUGACUCUCUGAGUAACAGGAGCCUCAGGAUGGAGACCAUCACAAGGUCCCUGCCCCAGAGUCCUGGACAAGGGUCCAGGGGCCUCUGCUCUCCUCUUCCAGAUGGAUCUAGGUCAAGGCCAGAGCAGGACAUCAAUAGGUAUCCACAUGGGCCAUGUUCCAGCACAGGCAACCUCCACAAGAACAGAUCCUGCUCGUCUGUGACACAGACACAGCCCCUCAAAGAUGUUCGCUCAGAGCCUCUUUCCCGUAAAGACUUUCAGCCAAUCAGUCCUCCUUUCUGUGGAUCUGGGGUCUCUGCCUUGAUGACACAUGGCCGCAAUCCCCGUGCUCCCAGAUACUAUGUCGUUAAUGAACGUGACUCUCACAAAAAGAUCCACCCAGCUUUCUGGCCAGAAAGACAUUUCAAGAUAGAUGCUUUAGGUGACAUUGUAGAGCUGUACCCCAGGAAUGUACAGCAGUACAUGUCCUGGGCUCCCCACCAGCCUUGCUCUCCACAGCUGAGCGAAGAAGAGGAGGAGAUGCUGAGGAGAGAUUUGGUCCAGUGGUCAAUCCCUGCUAGCUCCCUUACUGACCUCCCUCGGUCUUCUUGUUUUUAUACUGGUGACAGAUCAGAAAAUAACACCAAAGACCCUAGAUACCAGCGAAGGGUUUACUACAGAUCUGGGGAUAAUAGUUUUGAAGACAAGCUUGAGAGGCCCACAUUUGUACACAAAAAGCCACGAUCCAGGAAUGUCCAAUACCCACAGCAUCCCCUGAAGGCCAGAGUCAAAGCCAAGUUUGAGCCAUCCUUCACAGAAUCUGAUUCUGUGUCAGCUGCAUCCAGCAGUGACCAGCAAAAUAGCAACAAUGACCAAUACCUGCAUGUCAUGUCCAGCCAAGGCAGAUUUCCAAGAUCUGCCAGCCAGCUGGGCAGGAGGAAGGCCAAGUCCAGGCAGGUACUGCCCACAGAUCUAAAUGACCUAAUUUGUUCUAAUGUCUAG